AUGGAAGGGAACUUCUGGAAGACCUGGGUGGUGGUUGGAACUCUUUCGUUCUUGGGGGCCUCCUCACUACCCCAUGCUAAACCCUUGACCUACAAGGAGGUUGUGGCCCUUGCCAUCUACAAUAGCCGAUCAGGAGAAGACUGUGUAUACCGGCUUCUGGGGGCUUCUGCUGAGCCUCAGUGGGAUCCCAUUUCUGAAAGCUAUCAAGAGCUGAACUUCACCAUCAAGGAAACCAUGUGUCUCUUGGAAGAUGUGGUUUUCUUUGAUGAAUGUGACUUCAAGGAAGGAGGGGAUCGGCCCGAACGGGUGAAGAGGUUCCUCGGGGUUUUCAGAAAGCCGGAGAAAGACAUUCGGAAGCUGUCCAAGGAAAAGGAGGCG